GGAAGCAGCCCAGUAAGCACACCAAUCAAACGCGCUUCCUCAGUCCUCUCUCCGACACACACCAAAGAAUCCACCAAGGUACAAAAAGGGAAUAAAAAUUCAUUGUCGGCACCAGACCAGAUCUGAACCCACCAUAACUAUUAUCAUUCACCUUCUUCUUCCUACACCCUACGAUUACUUUCAGAGAAAAAUGGACCCGGAGCAACGCCGCAAGCGAAAGCGGAUUGGGCGGUUGUACUCCCAGGGCCACUACCUAUCACUUAGAUCUUUGAUUGUUUGCUUCUCCUUCUUAGUCUUCCUACUCUUCUUGUACGUCGAACGCUUCUCUAUUGGUCCGGCGUCGAUUCGGCCGGUUCUCAGAGCCUCCACCACCUUAUCCCUUUUGUCCUCGUCCACAAGCAGUUCGAUUCUUGAUUCUUUCAGCAAGAAGUCCCUGCCCCUGAGAGUCGACGACCGGGUUGUCUUCCCCGACCACGUGCUCCUCAUGGUGUCUAGCAGAAUCACUGAAAGCGAAGACUUGCAUUGCGUUUACUACGAUUUCUCCAACCGCUCCAGCGAGGUUCUUGGUGUUCAACCCGUGCUGUCCACCGACCAGUACGACGCGUUUCGGUCGAUCGCGAGGUGCCCGCUCCCGCCGGAGAAUCACUCGGCCGCCGGGGUCGAUCUGAGGAGGCAGCGGAGCAGCGACGUGGGGGAGUACGAUUGGUCUGUGAGAGCUAAUCAGACGGCGCAUUGGUGGGAGAAGGUGGCCUAUGACGCGGUUUUAGAUGCGAACACGGCGGUUGUGUUCAUUAAGGGGUUGAAUCUUCGGCCCCAUAAGAUAUCGGAUCAGACCCAGCUGAGCUGCCAUUUCGGAUUUGGGAAUUGGGGCAGAGAUGAAGGGUUUGUGCUCACGACUGAGGCGGUUUCGGCCUCGCAAGAAGUGGUUCGGUGCUUGUUGCCGCGGAGUAUUAGGAAUAACCCUGAGAGGACUCAGGGGAUCAGGGUUACCGUUGGUCACGCUAAUGCUGAUGGUGAUGGUGAUGCUACUGCCAGACCUCCUAUGCCUUCUGUGGCUAGAAUUCAUAUUUACAAGUCUGAGGUGGAGCAGAGGAAUCAGCGAAAGCACGAGCUUUGUGUGUGUACCAUGUUGUGGAACCAAGCGCCGGCGCUUCGGGAGUGGAUUAUGUACCACGCCUGGCUAGGGGUUGAGCGCUGGUUUAUCUAUGACAAUAAUAGCGAUGAUGGAAUUGAGGAGGUGAUUCAAGAGCUGGAGUUGGGAAACUACAAUGUUACUAGGCAGAGCUGGCCGUGGAUUAAAACCCAGGAAGCGGGUUUUUCACAUUGUGCUUUGAGAGCAAAAUAUGAAUGCAAAUGGUUGGGAUUCUUUGAUGUGGAUGAGUUCUUCUACUUCCCAAAUGCAUUUCGUCGCCCCAAAGGAGACGGCCUUCCGGGUCAAAAUUCGCUCAAGGCCAUGGUUGCGAACUUUUCUUCUACGAAUAUUGCAGAGAUCAGAACACUGUGCCACAGUUUUGGGCCAUCUGGGUUGAGCAAACCUCCACCGCAUGGGGUAACUGUUGGGUACAGUUGCCGGCAGCAGAAUCCCGAGCGGCACAAAUCUAUAGUGCGCCCGGAUUUGCUUGAUAUUUCUCUUCUCAAUGUGGUGCACCACUUUCGGCUUAGGGAAGGAUUCAAGAACUUGAAUGUGCCAGAAAGCGCUGCGGUGAUAAACCACUACAAAUACCAGGUGUGGGAGACGUUUAAAGCCAAGUUCCACAGAAGGGUUGCUACCUACGUUGUUGACUGGAAGGAGGACCAAAAUAAAGGGUCAAAAGAUAGAGCUCCUGGGUUAGGGACAGAGGCCGUUGAACCGCCAAAUUGGCGGCUACGUUUCUGCGAGGUUUGGGAUACCCGCCUGAGGGACUUUGUUUUGGGCUAUCUUGCUGACCCUGCAACUGGGUUGCUGCCUUGGGAGAGGUCUCUUCAGUAACAGAUACAACAAAGUCAGGGUGCUUGCAGCUUGGUGCCCAUGUAGAAGAUAUACCAGCAGGCAGCAGCCACUUAUUCUUUUCAUUGUUUUUGGUUUUUUAUAAAUGAUUUUUUUUUUUCCUAUUGUUUUUAUACAUGCCACUAAUUCAUUACAGGGAUCACACACAGCUGUAAAUUUGUGACAAUAUGAAAUGAAAUAUUUUUCAUUUUCGUCUCUAA